UGUGUGCCAUGCCAGUCCACAGUGGACGGUGAGGGGCAGGAGGAGGGCACUGAGUGUAGGAGACUGAGAGGGGGUGGCCCGAAUCAAACAGGAGAAAUGAACCUCUGCUGGAAUGAGAUCAAACGCAAAUCGCACAAUAUCCGGGUGCGGCUAGAGGCUUUCUCCGACAACAGCGGGAAGCUGCAGCUCUCCCUGCAGGAGAUCAUAGAAUGGCUGACGGCCAAGGACGAGGAGCUGUCGGAGCAGCUGCCCAUAGGAGGUGAUGUGGGAGCUGUCCAGCACCAGAGAGAGUUCCACCAGGCAUUCAUGGAGGAUGUCAAGUCCCGUGGGCCAUUUAUCUACUCUGUCUUGGAGUCUGCCCAGGCAUUUCUGGCUCAGCACCCCUUCCAGGAGCCCGAGGAGACCCUGACCGAUGGAAAAGAGGUGUCUCCACGCCGGCGGAUCUUGAAUGUGAGCCGCUCUGUAUGGAAGCAGGCGAACGUAGCCAGUGACCUGUGGGAAAAACUGACAGCACGUUGUGUGGACCGCCACAGACAUAUGGAAAGGACUUUGGAGCGUCUUCUUCAGAUCCAGGCUGCAAUGGAAGAGCUGGCAGGGGCCUUAGAGCAGGCAGAGGGGGUGAGGGAUGCCUGGGAGCCUGUUGGAGACCUCUUCAUUGACUCUCUGCAGGACCACAUAGAUGCUACCAAGUUAUUUAAGGAGGAACUGACCCAGGUGAAAGAGGGCAUGAAGCACAUUAAUGAUCUGGCCCACCAGCUGGCAAUCUCUGACGUCCAUUUAUCGAUGGAGAAUGCCCGUGCCCUGGAGCAUCUCAACAGCAGAUGGAAAGUGCUUCAGGGUUCCAUAGAGGAGCGGCUGAAGCAGCUCCAGGAUGCACAUAGAGACUUUGGCCCCGGAUCGCAGCACUUCCUUUCCAGUUCAGUGCAGAUACCAUGGGAGCGUGCUAUCUCCCCAAACAAAGUGCCCUACUACAUCAACCAUCAGGCCCAGACAACAUGCUGGGACCAUCCAAAGAUGACAGAACUGUAUCAAGCGUUGGCGGAUCUGAACAACAUCAAAUUCUCAGCAUACAGAACGGCAAUGAAGCUGCGGCGGGUUCAGAAGGCUCUGAGACUGGAUUUAGUGGCACUGAGUAGCCUUGUGGAGAUGUUCCGGGAGCAGGAGCUGCAGCAGGCAGAUCAUGUGAUGGAUGUGGUUGAGGUGAUUCAUGGCCUGACAGCUCUGUAUGAGAAGCUGGAGGAAGAGAGGUCCGUCCUGGUUAACAUUCCACUUUGUGUUGAUAUGUGUCUCAACUGGCUGCUCAACGUCUAUGACAGUGCUCGAAAUGGCAAAAUGCGAGUUCUCAGCUUCAAGAUGGGAUUGGUGACCUUGUGCAAUGCAGACGUCCAAGAGAAGUACAAAUACUUAUUCCGUCAGGUGUCUGGUCCAGGAGGUUUAACAGACCAGCGUCACCUCAGCCUGCUGCUCCACGAAGCCAUUCAGAUCCCCCGUCAGUUGGGUGAAGUUGCUGCUUUUGGGGGCAGCAAUGUGGAGCCAAGUGUCCGUAGCUGCUUCCGCAUGGCCCCAGGGAAACCUGCUAUUGAGGUGUCUCACUUCCUGGAGUGGAUGAGCCUUGAGCCGCAGUCCAUGGUUUGGCUGCCUGUGCUCCACCGAGUGGCUGCUGCAGAGUCAACAAAGCACCAGGCCAAAUGCUACGUCUGCAAACAAUGUCCCAUAAAGGGCUUCAGGUAUCGCAGUCUGAAGCAGUUCAAUGUGGACAUCUGCCAGACAUGUUUUCUAACCGGGCGCACAACCAAGGGAAAGAAGCUGCACUACCCCAUCAUGGAGUACUAUACACCAACAACCUCAGGAGAAAAGAUGAGGGACUUUGCCAAGACUCUGAAGAACAAGUUCAGAUCAAAGCAGUACUUCACGAAGCACCCGCAGAGAGGUUACCUGCCAGUGCAGUCAGUGCUGGAAGCUGAUACCUCAGAGACACCGUGCUCCUCGCCCAAGCUGCCCCAUGCAGACACACACAGCAGGAUUGAACAUUAUGCCAGCAGAUUGGCAGAAAUGGAGAGCCAGAAUUGUUCAUUCUUCACGGAUAGUCUGUCUCCUGAUGAAAGCCUGGAUGAAGAUCAGUACCUCCUGCGUCACUCCAGCCCAGCCCUGGACCAUGACUCACCCUGUGGACAGCACAUGCUGCUGGCACAUUUGGAACACCAGGAUAAGGAGCAGCUCCAAUGCACCCUGGCCCGCCUGGAGAACGAGAACAGGGUGCUGCAGAGCGAGUACAGGCGGCUUAAGUGGAAACACGAAGAGGCGGCAUCAGUUCCCAUGCUGACUGAGGCUGGAGAAGGAGGUCUCGGUUCACCUACAGCGGGAGGGCAGCAGGACGAGGAGCUCUUGGCUGAAGCACGGGUCCUCCGGCAACACAAGACUCGCCUGGAGACCCGUAUGCAGAUCCUGGAGGACCACAACAAACAGCUCGAGUCCCAGCUGCGCCGGCUCAGGGAGCUACUGCUACAGCCCAAAGAUGAUUCAGAGGCCAAUGGAUCAGAACCAUCAACCCUGUCUUCUCCUGUGUCUGGAGGAGGACAUCAUGGGGAGCCAGCUAGCAGAGAGACUACAGACACUGAAGCAGCAGGAGAUGAUUUGGAGCAUGAGCAGGACACAGUGCUGCAGCUCCAGGAGGUCAUUGAGCAGCUGAGAAACGUCUUCCCUUCAGAACCUGGCACCACAUCACACAUCUAACCCUGAGUGUGCCUGGAGGAGCAGAAAGAAAGCCUGAAAGAACGCCUGAUGGCAGAGGGAGGAGCUCUAUACAGCUGAGGUCAGGCCACAGUACAUCAGGCCAUGUGACCACUGCAGCGGCAAUGAUACUUAGAGCUAACCCUCUACUGGAAUUUUGUGCACUAAAAGCCUUUUUCAUGCAAACUGCUAAAGGCUCACGCUGAUGUCCUUUUGGCCAGGCUGUGCUUCAUAGCUUCAGUGGCGCAGCCUGACACCAUGUUAACGAGCCAAAGGAAACUAAUAUUAGCAGCAGGUCAGGGAGAGACUAAAGUGAUGGAAAAUGCCCAGCCAAGACACUGUGUUUACCAGUAUUUGUGUAGUCAUUCAGAGGUGGGAAGCUUUAUAUCAGUCUGCAGCACAAAUUGGACCUUCCAUGAAAAGAACCUCAAAAAAAUGCAAAAAGGGAAUAGGAAGGACAUCCAUUGUUUCUGUCAAAAUGCCUGUAUCUUCAGUGUGUGUUUUUUUCCCCCCUCCUGAAUGUGUUGUCAUGGUUGUUAUUUUUGUAUUUUGAAACGAGGAGGUGAGCUAAAGCUUAACCGUGUAAGCUAGAUCAGGGCUGGGCUGACUACAUUUUAUGUGGCUGCGUGGUGCAGACUGUCAAGGAGUUGACAGCACCCACAACGGGCUUAUUUACUUUUUCAGAAUGACACAUUAUCAGUUAAAUCCCUGAUUUAUUUGAGACAGCCAAAGUGCCCGCUAGCACAGCGCCUCUGUAUGCACACACUGUGUUUCUCUAAUCCUGUCUCACUGCUUGUCGCACUCAUUGCUUGCCUCUCCUAAGUGAGCCCUUUACACCCAUACAGCACUAACUGCACUCACUGUAUGUGCACACACGUAUGCUGCUACACACGCACCCCCUAUUUGCAAUACCCCCCAUGCAUCCACCCACAUUAUGCACAAAUAACCAAAUGGCUCCCUGCAUGAUCGAUAACAUGUGCUGUGAUGUAUCGCCAGAAAUACACCAUAGGCCAAUUUCAUAAAAAUGGAGAUCUAUUUCAUCUCGUAGGAUAUAAACAAGUUCUCAGUGGUAAGCCAAUUUGUUUUAUGAAUGGAACUGUGUUUUGUUUAGGAAAUGUCUGCUGAUAAAUAUCAGCAUGCAUGCCACUGCUCUGAGAUCUUAGAGUUCUCCUGCUUUGUACAGACAGAAGGAAGGAGCUCCUAAAAGUUAAAGCUCCCCCACCCCUCGAUAUGCUAAUUCCAAACACUACAGGGGGGGUAUAAGGCACACCAUGAUAACCCAGUCCCAUACCAGCUCCAUUCUUAAUAAUCCCUUCAUUCCAUGUAGAUUUGAAAAGAACAGUAGCUACUGACUCUGCAUGUGUCAUUUCCCCUCAUGUUAAUGCAUACUUAAUUGCUUUUAGAUUUACAAAAGGAUGUGUGGUUGAUAUGGUUUCACCCUCAUUGUAUCAAGCUCAUAGGGUGCAUUUUGUUCUAAACAUAGCACAGUCAAUUAAUGCCUUAAAACCAAGCUGAAUCCAUAAAAGACAAGAGUUAGUCUUUCUCCACUUUUUCUUUCUUUUUUCAUUAUGCUUUAAAUUCAGGGAAGGAGGUUGCGUCAGGCGCGUGUUUGUGCACUAGUGUCUGUCAGUCCCCGGACAGACCUGUGGUUGAUUGGAAGUGACAGCUGGAAUGGAAAAGUGUGGAUCACAGCAUGUGAGCAUCCAUAGGGUGAAACCGGUUAAAUAAGGCUUUUAUGAGUGAACCCAUGGUGCCGGGUAUGCUUGGAGGGAGUAAAGAUCUAAGAGACAAGAGAGGAAAGCAGAAAAAAAAACAAUCCAUUUAUUGCUUGAGGGCUGGUGGGAGAGAUCCACUUUGAUGUGCCUGCCACAGCAAAAUCUCCAGAAGCAGGACUAAAGUUUGCCUGAAACAAUGAAGCUGUGGUUCUGUGUCUUUCUCCGUACUCAAACCAUCCCAUUCUCAUAGAAAAGAUAGUCACAUAUACAUUGAGGAAUCCAUGCUAAACUUUAAAAAUAUCAUUCUGACCCCACAUACAUGAGUUUAAAACCCAUGUGCUGCAUUCAUUAUGGGAUCUUCCUCCAGGCACAUAGCACUCACAUUUGACACCAUCCUCCUCAGCACUCGUUGCCUGUUCGUUUUGAUACCGUUGCUAGGGAACUGCCCCCAAGGACGAAGCUCCACAGGUUUGCAAGUUGGAAAGGUGAUGUGCCAUUCAUAAUACAAAUGCUAAUAGCCUUAAGGGAAGCAAGAGAGGCCCUUGGUUCCCAAACACAGCUCUCCUUUUCUUCACUUCCACCUCCACUGAAGCCUGCCACUGUUAAGCUGCUGAAGAUAGUCAUUACUAUUUGUUGA